AUGCCCUUGAGCUGUUUUAUUUUGAAUUCUUCAGGUUUCUACUCCUCAAUUUUCCCGCGGCCUUCGCGUCAUGAGGCGCUUCGAACUCAGUGGGGCCUGCUGUCGAACAGAGAGCGACUUCUAUCUCCGGAGAAGAUGUUUCUGGUUUCCGACGGCGCGGCGGCCGCGAAGAAGAAGAAAAAACCUUCUUCCGCCGCCUGCUCGCCUUUCUCUCUCGCAACCUCGAGAUGCUCCCUCACGGCGGGGCUCCUGGAGCCCAUGACGGCGGCGUUCGCGCGCACGCUGCAGGCUCAUCCCUUCAAUCAGAAGGUCGUCAUCCUUCUUGCGCUGGGCAAUAUUGAGGCGGACGCGGCGAGUCUCUCCCCCGCGGCCGCCGCGCCGCUUCCUCAAGCCCAAAGAGAGUCACAGCACGGAAGACAAGAGGCCUCUCAGUCUUCCGGUCCGUUCUCCUCUCCUGAGUCUCCAGCUCGUUCUGCACCGGCUGCAUCGUCCGCUUUCUCCUCUUCGCCUUCGUCCGCGGCUGGUGCAGAGAAUGCAUCACUUGAGCACAGCCUUGUUGACCUGAUUCAGCGCCACAGCAUUGGUUUUUUCUUCGAGGGCGUGUCGCUCGCUGCGUUCCUCUCCCUCCCUCUGCAACGCCUUCUCUUCGCUGAGCAUGAUGCCUGCCUCCUCUCCUGGACUGGCUCCUCGUCUCUCCACUCUCUUUCUCUCUCUUCUCCUUCCUCUUCUUCUCGCUCGUCCGCUUCCGCCUAUUCUUUGCUCGCUGCUUCCUCACCGCGCGAGCCGCAGGGUGAAGCAACAGACUGCCAUUUUUCGGCCGAGGCUUUCGUUUCAGACGUGGCGACGGGCGGCAACGCUGCGGCGAUCACGCCUCAGGAGGGAGGCACUCUGCUCUUGCGCGUCGAUGGAUUUCUGUACCAGGUUCUGGGCAUCGAUACCGUAGCUGGUGUCUCCCACGCCAUGAAGAAAGCACUGCCACCGACGACGCGUUUCCUGCGCGUGCCUCUAGCCCACCCCGCCGUGUUGCGUCACCAGACUUCGCUGCAGAGUGUGUCGCCGGCGGGCGCUUCUUUCGCUCCUGCGAAAGCGACGAGCGGCUGCGCAGAGGGGAAGCGAGCGCCCUCGAAGCUCUUUCAGAGUCUGCAGCGGUGCCUCGGUGUACGACUCGCGCCCGUCUCGUUCCUCGCCGCACUGAAGACGUCUCCAGCCUCCUCGGCCGAGUCUCCGCUCGCGCGCCUGCGGGCGCUGCGCUCCGAGUUGGAGGUCCUGUUGUUUGCUGGCAGCGGGGCGGGCUCCGCCACGCCUACGGGACUGACAGUCCAGCGACGCGCGUACAGGUCUUGUGCUUUUUCGAAAAACUGCGAAGGCGACAGCGAGCGCGAGAGCGCACUCUUCAUGGAGCUCGACGCGGGCGCGGCGGGCGCGGCGGGCGGAGCCGCGGCACCUGCAGAGAAGGAAACAGUUUGGCUGCCCGCGUGGAGUGUGCUGUUGCCGCGCGUGCUGCAGAGCGCCGACACGCACUCCGCGUGCGAAGAUGACGGCGCGAAGAGAGAGAGGAGGGCGUCGCGGCCGCCGCGCGGGUCCGCGGUCGAGGCGUCUGUUGACGUCUCGAUGGGAGAGGAAGGUGACGAAGAGGAAGAAGACGAAGAGGAGAGAGCGGAAGCGCUGCCUUUUCCUCGAUUGAAGCCGGGGUUCGAACGCGCGGCGCUCAGGCUGGCGGCGAGCGAGUUCGCAGGCGCCGUUGGAGGCGAGCGGACGACGCGCGGGCUUGACAACCAGUCCCAGAGGCAGAGAAGCGAAUGCGCGAGAGAGGUCCUCGCCGAUGAAAUUCUUCAGGUGCUGGGGAGCUACGGACUGGGCCUGCCGCUGAGCAGAGACCGAGCGGAGGCGCAUGCAGCGGAGGAGGAAAGCACCUCACCUCGCUUUGACUGGCUGAAGCCUUCUGGGCUCUCCGAAUCUCCCGUUUCUGUGUUGACGAUCGAGGGCGGUCUGGUGCACUCUGCCGCGGUCGCGGCCGUCGUGGAGCGUCUCUCUGAGCUGCUCCGCCUCAAAGAGCGGGCUGAGAAAGACGCAGGCGCCCCUCUCUGGUUUGCCGUCUCUGUAUUCGGCGUUCCUGACGCGCCGACGCUCUUCGGCGGAAACCCACACGGCGCGGUGGAUCUGAGCGGCGACAGCAGUUGCCACUUUGUCGGCUUCUUCGAACCCGAGCUGGGCGGCGCAAAGGGCAUGAGCCUGCGCACAGUCAGCCCCGUAGAUGCCUCAGUCUCGCUUCCUUGA